CUAUCACAUCUAACCCACAGAGAAGACACAUACGCCCACGAUGUCAGCGCGGGCGGGGGCGGUAGUGGUGGUGGUGGCGGCGCUGGUGUGUGAAGGCGCCACUUUCCCGUUUUCUAAUCUUAAGGAAAACGGACCAUUAGAAAGGGCGCUACGAAUGAUAGACACAGAGAGAACGAGAAGAAGUGACUUUGGAGAUCUGAUGAUGGAGUCGGGCGAGGAGAGCGAUCAGCUGUCUCUACUGCUUUUUGAGCGACAGUUUGGCACACAACCUGAGUUUGUACGACAGCUGAGACACAGGAGACCCAAGAGUAAAGAGAAGAAAAGAGGAAAGAGCAAAGAGAAGAAACGCAAGAGUAAGGAGAAGAAACCCAAAGGAAGCAAAGAGAAGAAGAAGAAGAAGAAGAAACACAGCAAGGAGAAGAGGCCCCACAGUCGAGAGAGGGACCCAUGGUAUACCACCUCCGUUGCCAUGACAACCCCUCUAUCCACGGCCACGUUCGAGGAAUCCACUCUGUCGUCCUCCACGUCAUCUCCCACGUCCACGCUCGUCCCAACGACUACGACAACGACCUCCCCGACGACCCCGACCUCCUUCACCGCGACGACCUCGACCUCUUUCACUUCGACGACCUCGACCUCCUUCUCUUCCACGUCGAACGACCCAAGAUUCCCAGAAGGAAUGCCCGAUUUUCUUCCUGAUGCGGAGACUAUCGAGCCAUUUAUCUGAGGGUUUUGGUAAGCGUUAGAUAGAUAGAUGACUAUGCUUGGCUGAAAGAGUUGACGGAAAGGUUUUCAGACGGAAACGGUCAUUAUUGUCUGACUAGAAAAUCGACAAUUAGCUCAAAAAUGGACACA